AUGUCAUCGUUUAGUUCUGAUGAAGUUGAUGAGAUUUUUAUGAAUUAUUCUAUAUAUCCACAGCGUGGUUAUCCUUUCAAGUUGAAACCCGAAACAUGGGCGAAACGGGUUUGGAAUAUGGUAAGGAAUGAUGACACCCCUAAUGAGAAGAAGUUUUUAGAUAUAAAUAUUCAUAUUAAAAAAGCUCCUAGUUAUUAUACAUCGACUAAGUAUUACAUUGGCAAGGCUAUAGAAUUGUUGAAUAUUCAGGAUGAACUUAUAUGUUAA